AUGGGAAUCGAUAAUAUCCUCCAACAUCCCCUAACGCCUCCCCCAGCACCACGACGACAACAGCAACAACAACAAGCGCCAGCACCAAAUUCUGCAUCAACACACAUCCGAUCACGCUACCACCUACACAUCCGAUCACGCUACCACCUACACAUCCGCCAACAACCAAUCGCCGCACGGGCUUGCGGCGCAGGCGAUAGAGAUAGACGCCCGGUAGACCCACCACCAAUAAUCCAGAUGCUCCUAACCGAUUUCAACCCUGACGAUGUCGACAUCCUGCAAGACCCACGCUUCACCGUGGGCUGUCUUUUAUUCCCUCGAAAUACGGGGAAUACAUGGGAAAGCUGUACUAGCAGUAUUAACCGCUCAGAUGAUGAUAGCGGCAAUCUACCGGGUCAAUCGACGCCAUUGCUUUCUGGGAAGGCGUUCGUCUCGCCGUUCUAUGUAGAUGCAGAUCCGGAUCCUAGCACGGCGCCUGCACAUCCUUCACGACAUACCACAAAUACAAACCUUAGCACAAAACUGCAACCAGACGCAGAUGCAAGAAUCCCCUCGACAUUUUUCAUCUUCUCCGAUCUUUCCGUGCGCACAGCAGGCCUAUACAGACUCCAAUUCCGACUCAUGAACUGGGGUAACGUUGAGGAUACGGGCCAGUCGAUGCCGAUUCUGGCGGAGGUGUGGUCGGAGCCGUUUCGUGUGUAUCCGGCCAAGGAUUUCCCGGGGAUGAGGGAUUCGUCACCGUUGGCGGAGGGGUUGAAGGAGAUGGGGUUUGUGGAAUUGAAGACGAGGGGGAAGGGGAAGGGGAAGGGGAGAAGGAGGUGA